ACAUAAAUCAUGUGGUGUGAUUUCWAGAMAAGUCGUUAACUUGAUCAACACAUCAGAUGGGAGGAGGUCUGGGUCGGUUUCUAAGAGCUGCUUCAAGCUUCUGUAAAUACCUCCAUUAUGAGCCACAACCAGCAUCAUGUUUGCAUGAGGAAGAGGAACGUUGUGGUGAAUUGUUGAGACGCUGCUAUAAAAGCGUCUGCAGCUUCUCUGGUUCUGCAGGUUUCAGCGAUGGCAGUGGAGCUCGGUUCUGGUUAUGAUAAUCCCACCUUCAAAACCCGAAAAGUGACAAAUAUGGAUGUUUCUUCAGGCGACAUUUAUGAAAACUUUCAGAGACCUGAACAAUACGAACAGCAGAAACCAAAACCAAACUCUGACGUGACGCCUAAAGAAGCUGCUGCCAUGAUGCCGAACGUUAAAGUCCAUCUGGUUCUGGUUUCGGUGGGGAUCGUCUCCGUCCUGCUGGUCAGCAUCGGGUUCUUCUCCUGGGCCGGUUGGAAAAUGAACCAACAUGAUGAAACUGUGACUGAUCUGGGGAAACAGAAUGAACAUCUGAAGACUGAGAAUGAAAAAUUACAGAAUGAAACUGAGAAACUCAGGAGACACGUGGAAAACUUAAAUGAGAAAUCACAGAAUGAAACUGAGAAACUGAACCAGAAAAUCCAGCUGAUCCAGAAAUUCAACACCUUUCUGACAAAUGGACGCUGCAACGGCAGUGAGUGUCUGCUGUGUAAAAUAGGUUGGAUCUUCUUCAAUGAGUCAUGUUACUAUUUCGGUGAGACUUGGUUGACCUGGGAUGAAAGUCGUCGGUUCUGUCAGUUCUCAUUUGCUGAUCUGGUUGUUAUUGAUAAUCUGCAGGAACAGGUGAGCUCUGACACCAAUCAUGUUACAAAUUCAGAUUUUAAAUAUGCGAUGAAAUUCUGAUGACUUGAUCA